AUGAACCAUGAAUAUGCCGACCCGGAAUACUUUCGUAUGCUGAGAACGGGCAACCAACAUCUUGCUGGUGGAAAUGGCCCUCCAAGUCCCAUCCGCAGACUUGUCGAACCGGCAUUGACAACUAGGUCCGCGUCCCGCUCGACCUCUCCACAAGAAACCGUGCAGAGGGAGACUGAGUCUCAAUUCUUGUCUAGCACCCCGGGAGUCUCGAAAGUUGCAAGCAGUAGAAUUCGGAGAGAAGCUUUUAGUCCGAACUAUUUCAGGACCUUCUUUGUUGAAGAACGUGUGUUGGGAAGGGGAGGUAAAGGUGUCGUGUUAUUAGUGCGACAUGAGAUUGAUGGAUGCCCUCUUGGCCACUUCGCCUGCAAGCGAGUCCCGGUAGGCGAUGACCACUCUUGGUUGGAGAAGGUACUGGUCGAGGUUGAACUGCUAGCAAAGCUUUCUCACCCCAAUCUUGUCUCCUAUCGCCAUGUCUGGCUGGAGGACGUCCGGUUAAGUAGAUUUGGACCCAGUGUUGCUUGCGCCUUCAUCCUACAACAAUACUGCAACGGCGGUGACCUCCACCAGUACCUUGUUGGCAGCGCACCCAGAGAACUCACCAAGGAGGAAUUGAAGGAAAACAUGCGAAGGCGAUCCAAAGGUCAAGCGGAAGCACCACGACCUGCAACAAAGCCUCAGUUAUCAUUUGAAGAGAUAUACUCUCUUUUCAAAGAUAUCACUUCCGGGGUUGCUUACCUGCACGGCGCAAACUACAUUCAUCGGGAUUUGAAACCCAGCAACUGCCUCCUCCAUCGUGAGGGAGCCAAGCUAUCCUGUCUCAUUAGUGACUUCGGUGAGGUUCAACCCGAGAACGCCAUUCGCAAGUCCACUGGAUCAACAGGCACGAUAUCUUAUUGCGCCCCGGAAGUAUUAAAACCAGAUGCCAGCGGAAAAUACGAAAACUUCACAACCAAGUCAGAUGUUUUCUCGCUUGGAAUGAUACUCUAUUUUAUGUGCUUUGGAAGACUACCUUACCAAGGGGCUAAUGUUAUACAAGAAGAGCUAGAAGACAUUGAUCAACUUCGAGCUGAGAUAACAGAUUGGCAAGGUUUUCAAGGCGAGCGACAAGAACGCCCGGACUUGCCUUCCAAACUGUAUAAACUUCUGCAGAAGUUGUUAGCUCUCAACCCACACGACAGGCCAAGUGCAAACGAAGUUCUACUAGCUAUGAGGAGUGAGACCAACUUUGAUAAUAUUACAAAAGGUGACUGGUCUGCCAGCCGGGUACAGAAUUUAGACUCACCGAUGCCGCCCGGAACACCUGUCCCCGAUCCCGAGAAAGAGAAGUUUCGUGGCCGAAGGGGAAGUCGAAAUGGGGAUGCUUCUACGGGCACCCCUCUGGCAGAGUCUGUGAACGCAUCUCAGGACUCUAGACGGACAUCACGAACAGACCUCUUUCUGAACGAUGAACCCUGA